CUUUCUUCAUAAACUGAUAAGACUGUGUGUGUGUGCACUGUGAAACUGCAUGGUUAAUAAGGAAGUUCAAUCGCAUCUCUUCCUGAAUUUCCAAGGGUUCAUUUAAGACAGUCGACAUUGCCACGCUGCUCUCAUUGUAAACCUGGUGGGGUAACAUACCAGUCGUGCCAGCUUGUACGCGGUGUGCGUGACUAUUUUCCCGUGGUAUCACUUUGGAUCGAGUUUCUUUUGUUAUUAUUUCUUAGUACGUUUGUACCACCGAAGGCUUUGUGGAGUGUAUUCUUCUAAAGGAAAAAGGCAUUGGGGAUAAAAUAAAAUGUCCCAAUCUGCGUCUCGCAAUCAAAAUCGUCCAGGGAGAGGAGUAGCCCCACUUAGUCAACGACAGGGUCAGGCGCGAGGCACAAACAACCGGCAAAUCAAGCGACAUCUGCGGCGUCAGCCUCAACCGCCACAGUUGGAGCGAGCGCUGUCCGAACCGACGCGCCGUGAGUGGCUAGCCAGCCGGAAUGUGCACUUAGAGGAGACAGACGCAGCGCUCCCCGCUUCUUGUUUGGCGAGAUUGUUUGGAGGUUUAUGUUGCGGAGGGAGGGGGAGACAGCCAGCUGGUGGUGAUAAGUUGGACUUUCACCAAGAAGCUAGAGUCCACCUGGUGGACGCCGCGGACACUAAUCACGGCGCUCUCCUCAUCAAGAGCUACAGAAAGGCGGGUGAGGCCACCUGGUAUCACUUCGUACGGCGCUCCUCGGGGACGAAGGGCACCCUGGCAAAGAAAUUGAAAUUGAAAAAAUACGACCAAAUUUUGGCAAUCGAUUUCGACUUCACGUCGACUAUGACACAUGAAGAAGUCAUCGACCGCUUGCGGGACUUGAUGAAAAAAGAAGAAGUUAUACUGUGCACCCGCCGUAUGCUUAACUACAGAAAAGGGCAGAUGUACAGAAAAAUCACAGUGGAGAUGACAGAAUCUGGAACUGCGCGUGAAAACGAGCAAGAAAGACGUAGUAAGACGCCGAGGAGCACGUUGCUCCCCAAGGUAACGAUAGAAAUAGUACGUGGAAGCAUCUGUACUCCUGACGGUAUAUGUAUCGACGAUAUCCGUCAACAGGGGAAGAGAAAGGCCAAAAUCCAGUGUACUGCAACUGACGACUACAUGGAGAAAUACAAAAAAGAUAUUCGUGUCAGUCCGUUAAAAUGCGGAGAUGAGUCGUACGACUUCGACGUCCACCAGUACUCCGGAAUUACCAAAGAAAGGACCGUGUCCCUUUGCUAUAUGUUUCAAAAAGACCAAAUAGUCACGGUGGACGAAAAUGAACAGACCGUCGGUUUUAAGGAUUUUGAGGACAAAUCCAAGUGCGACCUGGAGAACCUGGAUCUUCGUGAAGCAAAACCAUGGCUGUUUCUGACCAGGAGGGUUCGUGAUCGCAUUCGUACAUUUGAGUCCUUGAAAUACCCAGGCAGGUAUGUCGCUUGCGUGAAGGCAAACGGUGUGUUUGACAUCCUCCUUGUUGAAAAAAACGCAGAAAAUCAACCCAACAUAGAAUUCCAACAGUUCGGCACUGAUAUUUGUCAACUAGACGUAAAAUCAGAUUCGGGGAGAUCGUCUGCUUCGUUGUCGUCAUCAUCCGGUUCCUCCGAGUCGUCUGCGAGUCAAGCGCCAUUUUCCAGCACCCAAGCGACGGACGACUUGAACGUGACAGAGAGUUCCAACGAAGUCGGGCGCAGAAAUGAAUCAGCAGCUGCCGCGCAGACGACCGAAAUGGGGCUGCCCCGAGAAAGCGUUACCGCCAAAGUGAAGAAAUGGCGCGCAAACAACUGUCCUUAUGCGAGAAGUUUACUUUGGAUGGAGACCAGCCUCUGAGGACUAAAGGGAGGGGAUUUUAGUGAUCACUUGUUAUAUAUACGCUAUACGAUACACCCAUCAAUAGUAAUAGUCGUUUUAUUCUGUGCUACUUCCCAGUAGGCCAAAUCAUUCUAUAUGUAUUUGUAUAGAUUUGUAUAGUUGUAAUAAAACUAAGUUGUUAUGAUUAGAGUAGAGAGCCUGUAAAAUGUAACUUGUACAUAUUUUAGUGCUUAAUAAAGAUUACUGUUAUUAUUUCUGUAAAAAAGUUAUCCACUUAAUUGUUUACCCUUGUCAACAAUGAACGUGUGGUAUUCCUUAUCCGAUGUGUUUAGAUUUCUAACGUUUUAUCUCGACUCGUUCGUGACACUCCGUCCAUAUCAAAUGUUUUAGCCCCAACAGAUCUAUCAGCCAGGCAAAAUUGAUAUUAAAGUUCGUGAACAAGCGGCGACUCUAUGCAAACAGGGUCGGUUGACGAUAUUUUUCAAACAUACGUACACUGCUUAACGAGAAGUGAGAUGCCCCCCCCCCC